AUGGAGAAUCUUGAUGUGAAGCAUAAGUAUGUCCGCUGUUUUCCAGAUAUUUUUGCAGCUGGGACUGAUACAUCCGCUAUAACGGUAGAAUGGGCGCUGUCAGAACUAAUCAAUCAUCCAGAGAUAAUGAAAAAAGCAAGAGAAGAGAUUGAUUCUGUAGUAGGAAAGAGCAGACUAGUAGAAGAAUCAGACAUUGCCAACCUCCCCUACCUCCAAGCUAUAGUAAAGGAAACACUAAGGCUUCACCCCACUGGUCCAAUGAUCGUGAGAGAGUCAACUGAAAACUGCACUAUAAAUGGUUACGACAUUCCAGCAAGGACAAGACUCUUCGUUAACACAUGGGCUAUAGGUAGAGAUCCGAACCACUGGGAGAACCCACUUGAAUUCCACCCGGAAAGGUUUGUUGUUGAAGAUGGAAAGAGUCAGUUGGAUGUUCGAGGACAACAUUUUCAUCUGUUGCCUUUCGGAAGUGGAAGAAGAUCAUGCCCUGGAACCUCACUAGCACUGAACGUGGUUCAGGCAACUCUUUCUGCUAUGAUUCAGUGCUUUGAUUGGAAGCUUUCUGGAGGAGUUGUCACUGCUGACAUGGAAGAAGGACCUGGACUAACUCUUCCAAGAGCUCAUCCUCUAAUUUGUGUCCCAGUUACUAGGCUUAAUCCACUUCCAUUACUCUGAUUAUUCACGAAAGAAUAAGAAACUAGACCUGCUGAUCCUUCCUAAUUGUGUGGUUCUUU